UGUGCCUGUGCUGCCGAGCGGAUCCGGUUCAGCUGCCUGCUCCGCUGUGGACGUGCGGGAUUUCCACCUCAUUCUGCUGCCACACUUUGGGAUUUUAAUCAUGCAUCCGAGUCCGGUGGAUCUGUCCUGAAUAGACAAAUAAUCUCCCCGUCGAAUGUCACCCGUCUGUAAUUGGAUGGUGGGUGUGAGGAGGAGUGUGUGUCCCAUGUUGCACUAGGAGUGUGAGUGUGUGUGUGAGAUGCUGGCCUGUUUGCCAGGGCCAGGUGACCUCUCCCUCCAGCUUCUUCCCCACUCGCAGAUGAACACUGGACUUCAGAAAUGGGACACUACACAGAGGAUGAGAUCAGCCCAGUAUCCGACCCCUGCGGAGCUGGACGCUUAUGCUAAGAAGGUGGCCAACAGCCCGCUGACCAUUAAAAUCUUUCCCAACAGCGUCAAGGUCCCACAGCGCAACCACGUGCGGCGCACUGUCAACGGCUUGGACGCGGGUGGUGCACGCUACAGUCCCUAUCCCCCUUCACAGUCUGCGGCCAAGGCCGGCCUCCUGGCCAUCGUCAAGGCACCCAUCUCCAAGGGCAUCAUCAAAGACUUCACCGGUACACGUGUGACGAUGAGCGCCCCUGGAAGUGGGUAUGGCCCGGCACCAAGCACUUUAACCCUACAGCAUGCACCACAGUCGCUUCAGAGACCCCUGCAACAUCAACAAGGCCUCCCACAACAUAGUCAGAGUCUCCAGCCCCUCCCUCAGCAACAGCAACACCAGGGACUUGGGCACCAUGUGCCCUCAGCAAUGCCCCAGCACCCACAGGGCAUGGGCAGGACACAGCCUCUUUCCCACCCCCCUCCUCUUGGUCACCCAGGUCCACAGCCUCCUCCUGCUCUCUUGCUUCAACAACAGCAACAGCACCUCCAACAGCCUCCUCCGGGCCUCCAGGGUGGCACUAGAAAACUCACGGAUGCCGAUGCCCCUCCCAAUGUGACUGUUUCUACCUCAACCAUUCCUCUUUCAAUGGCUGGCACCCUGCACCAGGGCCGCCAACCUGAUCUGAGCACCAUUGUGCACCAGAUCAACCAGUUCUGCCAGGCUCGGGCCCAGGGCGCCGGGGCCACAUCCAUGUGUGAGGGCCAAAUAGCUAACCCCAGCCCCAUUAGUCGCAACCUGCUCAUCAAUGCCAGCUCCCGGGUGGCCAUGCACAGUGGGCAUUCCGGUGCUGUACCUCCAGGCCUCGGACACUCUUCUUGCACCAUAGGAGCACCAGAUAAAUCAGUUGGCACUGGAGUACCUCUGCACAACAUGGGUGCCAUAAACAGGAUGGCUGUGUAUCACAACGAUUUGAAGCAGCAGCAUCUGCAGCACCAACAGAACGCUCAGCAGCAUCCGAUUUGCCACCAACAGCAUCAGCAGAUGAUGUCAUGGAACCAGCAUCAGCUUGCCCACCUGCAGCAUGCAUCAGACGGGGGCGGGCACCCUUGCAAAACGGCUCCCCGGGACCCAGGAUUCUCUUGUAAAGGCAUGAACUACCCACCUGAGCUAUGUGUAGGGCAACCUUAUACCCUCAAACCUCCCAUGGAUAAGCCAACACCUUCACCUCCAGUUGUCAACAAUAACAACACCAUGCCACCUGGCACCGUUGCGCACUACGCCAAUGGCCAGUACUACCACCAGGUGCCUGUGUGGGGUAGUAUUCUCCCAACACCCAACAGCGAUAGUUCCGGCUCACAGGAGUUGCCUGCACCCUUCCACGGUCCAGCAGGCAAUGGAACGGGCGGUACUAACCCCACUCCAGUUGUGGACUGCGCCCCCACGGGAGGAACGGCACAUUACCGCCCGGCAGGAGUGGCAGGGGGAGCCGCAGUGGGGCAGACUAAUCUGAUACAAACGGCAGAUUACAUGGGAGGGGACUUCCAGACGCCCUGCUUCCGAGAUCAAAAUCUGGGCCUGAUUGGGAAGAUGCCCAGACCUCCCCCCAUGGCCCAUGGCCAGCACCCAGGGUACAGAUAAGCUUCGACACAGGCUCUCCUCACCACCUCUGUCUGUUUCAGAUAGCCACAAAAAAAUGAUCUACUCUGCUCUCUGUCUUAAAAUUACUCAAUAGGAUGAAAAGCAUUGCAACACAUAAGUUCACAUUAACAAUUUAGACAGCAAACAGAAAGUGAUCACUGAAAACUGAAAAACAUUUAACAAAAGCAGUGUUUUCACUAUUCUUAUUUUUUUUUCUUUUUCUUUUAAUCAUCAUUCUUGCAAGUGAUCAAUUUUUUUUUCAAGGAUUACAUUCAUUUACUUUUAGUUAUUGGUUUUACCUUGUUUUUCCCCAGAUCACUGUGUGAUGUCUUCUAGGCAAAGAAAUACAGUCUGAAAGAUAAAAUGAUGUCCUUCAAUCAUCAUGAAAAGCUGACUCCCUUUCUUGCCAGGGGUUUAUGUUUCAGCUGUAAGUUGAAUAACCUCACUAAUGCACUGUUCAGGAAGAUAUUUUCUUUUUUAUGGCCUAUGUCAGCUUGGCUUCCCCUGAUUUCUCACUAAAUUGUUCGAGACAGUAUAGAUCUCGUUCAGAGGGCUUCAUCCUCUUCUCUACGUUAAUUUAUUAAUCUGUGGAUUAUGGAAUGCUAGUUUGCAAUUGACAACAUGAUUUCGACAGGAAAAUAUAUAUAAUCAGUCGCAUAUCAAGCCACUUAGUCUGGCAUGGCUUACAAGGAUGGAAGCAUCAUUUAUGUAUCGAUUACAGUCAAAAGUGCUGCGACAAAUCAGGUGAUGUCUUAACUCAUUUAGAUUAACGAAGUAGGCAGCAUGAUUGCGGAGUUCCGUUUUCUUAAGAAGUCAAUGUGGGCUGAAUUUAAAGAAGAAGGAAAAAAAAAAAAACCUGCAAGAAGAUCUUGAGCUUUGAAGGGGUGCCGUUGUACUUCUGCUUCAUUUUCUUAACAUAUGAAAACGUACUUGAAUCUUAGAGAUGGGUUGUUCUGUUUUUAGAUGGUUUGUAAUAAAGUUAGCAGGACUAAACUUACUACUGGAGAAGAUUGUGUAUUGUGGAUUGUUACUAAUAUCAUUUAGAGACUAACUACAAACCAAAUUGAGAUUAUUUGAUCCUACGUUUUCUCAUGUAUCUGUUGAAAUAACUUCAGUUUAGGAGUUGCUACUGAUGCUCUAACAGCGUGUGCUUGAACAGACCAAAUUGAUCACUUGCAAGAUUGCUUGUGGGUAAAUCAAGGAGGACUUUAAGUCGAAGGUGAAACAGCAGAUGAAUUAUUUUAUUGUACACUGGCUAAUCUGCUAUACUACUGUAACUUUUAAGAAGUGUAAUGACUGUGUGAAUGUUGGAUGGUUUGCGUGGGGAUGGUUCUAGUGGACGAGCGAGUAAGUGGGAGUGAGUGAUGUGUGUCUGGUGGCGCGCGCGCGUUGUGUGUGUAUGUGUAGGUGGGUUGGUUGGUUGGUGGAUUCGCCAUCACCCACUCUCUGCUUGCCUCCCUCUGGAACAGCCCUUAUAAAGCCUUAAGUAUUUGGUCCUUGGACUUUCCUUUGAAAACAAGCAUGGUUAUUAUGAAACCUAUAAUACCGAUAAUUAUGAAAACAAUUUCAAAAAAGACUAUAAAGGAACAGCAAUUUUUUUUCCUUGUUUAUUUUUAUUAACUAAAGCUUUUGUUGAAUAGAAAAGCAAUUCCUUAGGAUUACUUUGCAACAAAAACAAAGAAAACAAGAAUAAUAUUUUAUUGUAAUUAUGUUUUAUAGCUAUGUGUAGUUCUGGGCUGUAACAAAAAUCUUUUUAUUCCAAGUUUUAAAGCUUCAGUUUUGCAAUUUGUGACUAUUUAUAAUUAUAAACUUGAUUUUUCUUUUCGUUAUUUAAUUAUUAUUAUUAUUAUUAUUUUUAUUUUUUUGCUAUAGCUGUGAAAUGAAGAGUCUAGAAGACUUUCUCAUAUCUGUCACUCUGUGGCUGUUGAGUGAAUGAGCGAAAACUACAGACUGUGUGUGGAGAGUUGUGCUACUCUUUUUGUAAUAUUGUAAUAAUAAAAUAAAGUUCUAAUUUAUGCU